AUGAAGCGUCGAGGAUGGAGGAAGACAGCAUAUGGAGUGAUGGUGGUUGACAGAUCUGGUAAAGGAGGUGGCUGGAGUAAGCAAAAAGAGAAGGCGGAGGCAGAGCUUUGCGGCAAAGGAGGCGCCAUGACUGGAACUUAUCCUGCUCCUACAGAGGGCGAGAACGCCGUCCUUUGGUCGCGACAGCUCCCUUUGGAUCGUCGUCAAGCUUUGGUAUAUGAAACAUGCAUGGAGUCACUGCCAACGACCCUUUCGCAGCAUACCAAGACGCGGUCAAGGAAUAAGCCUAAAGGUGGGGGUGUGACGACUAGGUCUGCACACCAAUCGGCAGGCGCUGCUCGUUCUGCAGGGAGAUUAGUCGAUGCCUUAUCCGAGUUGAACUGGAAAGUUUUCCGUCAGGAUGGUACCACCCUUCCAGUAGGGGGACCCUCGGAAGUUAUGAGGGUUACUUCUCAGCUUUAUCACUUCGGGGAGCGGUUUUCUAAUGAGUGCUUGAUGAUCAGUGGUGAAGAAUUCAAAGGUUUGAAGCGUCAAGUAUCAGAGGAGAGAGAGUAA